AUCUCUGUAGAGUAUAGGAUGAGCCGAGGUUUCCUUAUCCAUAAGCUUGCUGCAAAGAUGCUCGCAUUGUGGGCUAGGUGCGGGUUUGAAUAUGAUCGUGCAAUGGAGGACGAUGAAGCCUGUUUGCUCGGUGGAGUGCCGCAGGAUGUGAAGAAGGGGCAUUUCGUCGUGUACGCGGUUGAAGGUGGCGAGCUGAGGCGGUUCGUGUUGAAGAUGAGCUACUUGGCCCAUCCGGGGUUUCUCAAGCUGUUGGAGCAGGCGGAGCGAGAGUUUGGUUUCAAACAGACCGGGAUCCUCGCUAUCCCCUGCGGAUAUUCUCACCUCGUGUCUGUUCUUCAAAGUAAGGCGUGAAGGGAAUAAAUAGAUAUAGACAUUUAUUUUUAUACAAUGUUUAAUUUAUUUUCUUCUUUUUAGUUUCUAACCUCAAAAUAUUCUUGAGGCUUAUGUAAAUAUGGAAAAACGAGGCCUUUAAUAUGCUCCAAGAGAAGAAGUUAUGUAUGAACAUUUGAUUUUGAAAAUUAAUUUCUCCAUACGGAAA